GACGGCUACUCGUACAAGGGCCAGUGGGUGCAGAACCACAGGCAUGGGCAUGGCCUGCAGGUGAACGCGGGCAAGGUCGCGCGCCAGUACGGGUACCACGCCUACAGGGGUUCCUGGGUGGACGACCAGAGGCACGGCAAGGGCGAGAUGAUGUUCAGCAUGGACGAGAAGUCCGAGCAGAAGUUCUUGCACGAGGGCGUCUUCGAAAACGGCCUCCGAGAGGGCAAGUGCGAGCUGUACUUCCUCGUCCCGAGCAAGAAGAAGACACAGCUGGGCGACACGGCGAUGAACAGGAUGGGGCGGAGGAUGGUGGGAGCUCCCACUGGAGGUCGCGCGGGCCCCUCAUCCAGCGCGGGGGCCGCUCCCGAGGCUCCGCGUGUCGCCCCGCGGGUCCUGCACAGGGUGGGGCGUCUGGGCCGAGUCGGCAGACUUGGAGACCUGUUGGGUUAUUUGGGGGCACGCUCGCGUUCGAACGUGCGACGGGCCUUGUGA